UACCCAGCCCAUACUUCUAUUCUGACAUAUUUCAAAAAGAAAUUGAUAAAUAAAUUGCUAAAAAGCAAAAACCGGAAAGCAACCGGAAAGGAAAAGGUUUUGUUUCUCAUUUCCUUUCGAUUGCGAUGGAAAUUGAUAAAACUUCAGCGGCGGAAAAAUGAGCGGUUCGGAGAUCGUCGACUCCGUCGAGGCUUUCCCCUUCGAUUGCGAGGGUCUCUUUUUCUUAUUCUCCCUCUCAAUUUUCCCUGUCUUUCCUCCAUUCUCUGGCCUCCUCUGCUCGUUCGUCCUUGGCUUCUCAGGCGUGAUCUGAAAGGACGACAAGCUCAUCGAUGGCAAUCCCGGAAACGCUCGAACUGAUCCACUCCCAAAGGGGAAGGAGCUGGUAUUCGUCAGUCGUCACCAAUAAUUCGUCUAAUUCCAGACGUCAAUACGCCGGCAAGUUUCAUUCCCUCGGAAUCUCAGUCAGCGAGGUGAUGUUUUUUUUUUUGGUAAAGUUUGUAUCUUUCUGUUUCUUCAUCCUCUGUUGCCUCGUUUUCCUUCAACCCAUGAGAGAUUUUCUCGUCCUCUUUUGCCGCGGCCUUGUGCUUGAAGGUGAAGGGAACUGCAGCAAGCUGGUUUUACAGCCAUUGGAGAUUCCGUGAUGCAAGCUUAGUCAAUGUAAGAAGAGUGGGGAAUUGGGAAUUUAGUUUUCAGGGUUUAGACGAAAAGAUUGUGAAAUUUAGGAUUUAAUUGGACUUUGUUUUAGAGUAUAAUUAUGUAUAUGUUUUAAAAAUAAUAACAUUUAGUUCGUAGUAUAAUGAAUAACAUUUUAUCCG